CGGGCGAUGUGGUGACGUUGGCGCUGCGGGCGCUGGCAUUGGCGGCAGCGGCGUGAUGGGCAUGUGGUGCGUGCUGCACCGGGCCGUUAGCGCGGGCUGUCGCGGAGCCGCUGGUGCUCAGGGGCGUCGCUGCCUCCGUCCUGUGUGGGCCUGCCACCAGACGCUCGUCUCCGCCGCCGGCCAGUGCGAGGGGAAGGUCCGGGCUGAGAGUAGAACUUUUGCUACCAUCGCGAUGCCUGAAGUAAACACAGAUCACCUGGAUGAACAGCAGGUGCAGCUCUUGGCAGAGAUGUGCAUCCUUAUCGAUGAAAAUGAUAAAAAGAUUGGAGCAGAUACCAAGAAAAACUGCCACCUGAAUGAAAACAUUGAUAAAGGUUUACUGCACCGAGCUUUCAGUGUUUUCUUGUUUAAUACAGAAAAUAAAUUGUUGCUGCAGCAGAGGUCAAAUGCAAAAAUUACCUUUCCAGAUUGUUUUACCAACACUUGUUGCAGUCAUCCUCUUAGCCACCCACUAGAACUGGAAGAAAACAAUGCCAUGGGUGUUCGGAGAGCAGCACAGAGACGGCUGAAAGCAGAGUUAGGAAUUCCUAUGGAGCAGGUACCUCCAGAGGACAUCUCCUAUUUGACACGAAUCCACUACAAGGCCCAGUCGGAUGGGAUCUGGGGUGAACACGAGAUAGACUACAUCUUAUUUGUACAGAAGGAUGUGACACUGAACCCUGACCCCAACGAGAUCCAAAGCUACUGCUACGUGACACAGAAAGAACUGAAGCAGCUUUUGGACAGAGCCUCCAAGAAUGAAGUGAAGAUUACCCCGUGGUUUAAGCUAAUUGCAGAGACCUUUCUCUUUAAGUGGUGGGAUAACUUGGCUAACCUGAACAAAUUUGUCGACCAUGAGAAAAUACACAGACUUUAGAGAGCUAGGGGAAGGGCUGGCACUGCUGAGCUGUCUUCUUAGUACUAGGGUAGCUGGUGACUCGAGUCGCAAAACUGAUCUUCCUGGAGGAGCUUUGUACAGAGAUGGUUGGGGCUGAUGGUUUUCUCUCUCUCAUAGCCCUGUUCUUCUUGGGUGAGUUAAGGUUAAUCUCAUGUGGAAUGAUAAACAGUAACAUAAGAAACCCCAUGUUCCUCUUGCUUGCCGUUCCUUCCUUGCCUAACUAGAGGCCCUGGCAAGGGAGUUGGGCAGCUCCUGCCCAGCUUACCUGCUUGCACUGAUCCCUGCACCUUCUGAAAAGUGGUGACCUGGGUUUGGGUACUGCAUGAAUGCCAGGGCUACUUGCCUGAAAAGUAAACCCAAGCAAUUAAUCUAACAUAAUCGGGAUGAUUUGAAUUGCUGAAAGCAGAUCUAUUAAGCUUUCAUGUGUUUGGUUAUAGGGCACAGCAGCUGAAGUAAUGGAGUGGCUGGUGUGGCCAAGGCUGGCUUGGAAGUGCUGCAGAGUUACAGCCUUAGGCAGUGAACACUGCAGGGGUUGUUAGGGUCCCAGCCCCACCACCUGUCUCUGGUUAGUUUGUGACUCAAUAUCUGUACCUGGAAAAUGAUGGUUAAUUAUACCAGAUGCCAGUGGUACCUUAGACAUUGGCAGUAGCCUGCCGUUGGAGAUACUGUACCAGUGGUGGCUCUCUAGCUUCUGGAAAACACAACUAACAAACACAGCACCCCAAGCCUCAUUGCCACAGCACCUUACAAAGCUGCACAUCUUAAUUCUGAGAGUAGCUUCAAUACAGAUGCUUCACAUUUCUAUAUUUAGCCUAACUUUAAGUCCAGUUUUACACAGCACUUUGAAUGCUUUACUUCUAUAGGGAACUCAGGGGUAAGCAAAUAGAAGAAAGUCUUUUUGUCUAUUUAGCAAUGGUUUCCACCACUGGUAUUGACAGACCUCUCGUGGUAUUAAAAAUGCAACAUGAAGACUCAGUACUUUCCCUCUCUGAGCUUCAAGCACUUUUUAAACACUAUUACUAAAGGAAAACAGGACCAGAAAUCAGUUCUAAUAAACUCAAUUUUAAUUAGUCUUAA